UUCACCCAAACAAUAUGGCAGGAAAGAGAACUCCAGAAAUUAUAAUUUUUGAUAAAGAGAAAGAAGAAAAGAGAGAAGGUAAAGGAAAGAGUAGAUUAUCUAGACUUAGAGGAAGAGGAAUUACCAAAGAAAAGAAUGAUGUCGAAAUGAAGAUACAUUCGCUAAGCAUGCAGAAACAAAGACUAGAGACUGAAGGUAUUAACAUGAAGGAAAUGAGGAAAGACAUCAGAUCACUUAACUCUAGUACAUUAGAGGGUACUAGUAAGAAGCAAAGUGACAUUGAUUACAUUAAGUCGUUAGGAGGAACUGGGCCUAAACCAGUUGUAAUACCUUACCCACACUAUCUUGCAAGACUAAAGAAAGAAAAACUAAAGAAGAAGAAAGAAUUGGAAAUAUUGGAAUUGACAGGAUCACAAGUUACCAGUAAAAAGACUAAGACUAGAAGAAGAGCAUCAAAGACUGGAUUCUGGAGAGAUGUACCUCCUAAAAGUCUUGAUGGUAGAAUAGGACAAUUCAAAGGAGGAGCAUUAAAAUUAACAUCAAAAGACAUCAAAUCAUUUAAAUAAAAUUACUAUGAUCAUUAUUUUUGUUGUUGAUAUACUCUUGCUGUUGUCACAGUGCAUGAAUGGUAAGAGGCUAUUGUACUAAAUUAUGAAUACAAUGUA